GCUGUUUAUUCUGAACAAUGAAGCCGCUUCUGCUUUUCUUCCUGGGCGCCCUGCUUCUCCCAGGACUCCAAGGGUCCAGCCAGCGGAAAGUGCGGUUCCUGUUUGGGAACAUUUUUGGAAACAACAACCCUCCUCCUGUUGCCACGGAAGCCCCACCUGCUCUGCCGGAAGAGCCAGCCUCCUUUUGCCAGGGUGGCUGUCGGGACGGCUGGUUCUCUUACAUGGGCCAGUGCUACUUAUUUGUCCAGGACCCGAAGACGUGGGAAGGAGCAGAGCGUGUGUGUCAAAGUUUAGUGAGCGGGGGGCACCUGACCAGCAUUGCGAGUGCCGACCACAACGACUUCCUUGUCAGCCUGGCUGCUUCCACGGGACAUCAGACAGCCCAGUUCUGGACAGGAGGGAGUCACCGGAAGGGGUCCUCUCUCCAAUGGACGGAUGGUUCCGUGGCAAAUUUCAUCCAGCGCCCUUUGUCCUCAAUUCUGCAAGCGGUUGGAGAUACCAUCAACACUCUUCUCAACAUUCGCAUCUGCUUGAAACUGAAUAUAAAUCUUGGAGGUCAGGGUAACUGGGACGGCUCAGACUGCAGGAAGAAGCUGCCCUUCGUCUGUAGUUACAAGCCCAGUCUUCUGCCGCCAUAG